UGAUGAAAAGCUUGUAGUUUUGCACAAUCUGACUCUGCAGAGUUUGCUGUUUCAACACAGUGAAGCCUGAACAGAAACCAUAUUCACACCCACACAGACUGCACACUGAAACUGUGACUGUAAACAUGGCGUCCUCAGAGCUCGCACUUUUGAGUGUGUCAGAUAAAACUGGACUGGUGGACUUUGCCAAAAGGCUGGUGAAUGCCGGACUGUCUCUGGUGGCCUCAGGUGGCACAGCUAAAGCCCUGCGUGAUGCUGGGCUGGCUGUCAGGGAUGUGUCUGAGCUGACUGGACACCCAGAGAUGCUGGGGGGCAGAGUGAAGACCCUGCACCCGGCCGUCCAUGGAGGCAUCCUGGCCAGGAAAACCCCCACUGAUGCUGCAGACAUGGAGAAGCUGGGCUACAGCCUGGUCAGAGUGGUUGUGUGCAACCUCUACCCAUUUGUGAAGACCGUCUCUAACCCGAAUGUUACAGUGGAAGACGCUGUGGAGCAGAUAGAUAUCGGUGGCGUCACUCUGCUGAGAGCAGCGGCCAAGAAUCAUGCCCGGGUGACCAUAGUGUGUGAUCCCACUGACUAUUCGCUGGUUGCCAAGGAGAUGGAGAGUUCAGGAGACAAAGAUACAGCCUUGGAAACACGCAGGACUCUGGCUCUCAAAGCCUUCACACACACAGCACAGUACGACGAGGCCAUAUCGGAUUACUUUCGAGGGCAGUACAGCCGCGGUGUUUCCCAGCUGCCUCUGCGCUACGGCAUGAACCCUCACCAAGCACCCGCCCAACUCUACACUCUGCGCCCAGCCCUCCCCCUCAAAGUUGUCAACGGUUCCCCCGGCUUCAUCAACCUGUGUGAUGCUCUGAACGCCUGGCAACUGGUCAGAGAGUUAAAGAGCGCCCUCGGCAUGGCUGCUGCCACCUCCUUCAAACACGUCAGCCCUGCUGGAGCUGCAGUGGGAGUUCCUCUGACCGAGGAGGAAGCCAGAGUGUGCAUGGUGCAUGACAUGCUGAAGGAUCUGACCCCGCUGGCUACGGCCUACGCCAGGGCAAGGGGCUCAGACAGAAUGUCUUCGUUUGGAGACUUCAUCGCUGUGUCGGAUGUUUGUGACGUUCCCACCGCCAAGAUUAUAUCAAGAGAGGUGUCAGAUGGCAUCAUUGCUCCUGGUUAUGACGAAGAGGCACUCAAGAUUCUCUCCAAAAAGAAGAAUGGCAAUUACUGUGUGCUUCAAAUGGAUCCAGACUAUGAGCCCGAUGACACCGAGGUGAGAGUGUUGUUUGGUCUCUAUCUCAAACAAAAGCGGAAUGGAGCACUCAUCAAUAAGGAGUUCUUCAAGAACGUUGUUUCCAAGGGCUCGCUCUCUGAGGAAGCUGUGCGUGAUCUCACCGUGGCCACCAUCGCUGUCAAGUACACUCAGUCCAACUCUGUGUGCUAUGCUAAAAACGGACAGGUCGUUGGUAUCGGAGCGGGUCAGCAGUCUCGUAUCCACUGCACUCGGCUGGCAGGUGACAAAGCUGACAACUGGUGGCUGAGGCACCACCCUCGUGUCCUGACCAUGAAGUUUCGCAGUGGUGUGAAGCGAGCGGAGAUGGCCAACGCUAUUGACCAGUAUGUCAGCGACACCAUUGGAGAGGGCCCAGACUUGGCAGUUUGGCAGUCGAUGUACGACGAAGUGCCUGAGCGUCUGUCAGAGACUGAGAAGAAGAACUGGAUCAGCUCCCUGCAGGCUGUGGCUGUCAGCUCUGACGCCUUCUUCCCCUUCAGAGAUAACAUCGAUCGAGCCAAACGGAGUGGUGUGGAGUACAUCGCAGCUCCAGCAGGCUCUGCUGCUGACGAGGUUGUGAUUAAUGCCUGUAAUGAGCAGGGCAUCACUCUGGUGCACACCAACCUGCGGCUCUUCCACCACUGAGCGCCUCAGCGUUUUCUCCAGGUGUUUUUUAAACCAAACUCACAGUUCUGCAUUAUUAGAGUCAAAAUCUUUUUCUAACAUUCCUGAUGCUCAAAACAUUCCUACCCUCAUCAUGCUGUAGUGUAGAGUGUAGAGGUCACAGAUGCACUGUUUUAUAACACUUUAACUGCAUUCCUUAUGUGUGAUCCUAACUUUAGAGAGAGACAGUAACUGUUGAUGGUAAUUCUAGUUCAGUCAUGUUUCACUGUGAAAUAAACUGUUAACAACA